CAUGAUUCAGCUCGUUCUAAACUCCUGAUCCUGGUCCAGUCUUUGCUGUAUCUCCGCUCCGGGUUUUCCCUCCGCCCUCUCUCUGUGUGCUCGGUGUGUGUCGGUGUGCGGAGCGGAGCUCGGUCACAGUGCAGGAGGAGCGGCAGAGUCUGCAGGGCCUGCUGUCUCUGUCAGGGACGUUAAAUCCGGGUUAUAUCAGCGCGGAUGAGGGAGGACAGCUUCGGGUCUUCAGCUCUGAAUCCUCCGACAUUUAAAUCAGUAUCGAAGCCGCUCCGAGGUGCAGGAGGCUCGGCUGGCUUCGCGCGCUGCGGGGGAUGUGCGCACACAAUGGGAACCGACGCUGUGGCACGGUCCGGGACGCGGCGCUGCAAUAAUGUUUACCCCUCCUGUGUGUAAUGGAGGAGCAGAUCCAGGAGCAGGAUCAGGACCUUUUAGUGGAGCACUUCUUCUGUUCGGGCAGUAAAGAGUUUCUCACGCCGGGGGGGUCGCCUCAGUGUACCGGGCAGAGAGCUGCUGUGAACCGAGAGGAGCGGAGCACGCGCCGGUUUGAAUUCCUCCGGGAUAAACACGGAAUGUAUUUCCUGCUGUUUGCACAUCUGGAUGAAGGGAGAGUCGGUUAUUGCCCCCAAAGCGCUUUGGAACCAGUUAAAGUCAAUGUAAGAGUUUCAGAUUUAAAUGAAAAAAAUUUCAGAUUAAAAGGAGGAUUUCUGCACAUUAAAUAAAAACUUGAUUCCCUGAUUGGAGUGUUUUCAGUCUGAUAAACUUUGGUGCAGACACUCAAAGGGAGCAGAGGAGGAGAAUCGGUGUGUUUUUGGGAUGUACCUUCUGGACAGCAGCUGCUCUGACAGGAUGGAGCGAGGAACGCCUCAGAGGAAGACGGUCUACAGGAUCUCCCUAACUCUGGUGAAGAGGGAGAGUCUGGAUGGAGAGGACGGAGCAGAGAACCCAAAGCUGAGCGCCUUCAGGAAGGAGGGCUCAGUGGACAUCCAGCGCGGCGGGCUGCUGGAGCAGCUGGAGGAGGUGGAGGAUGAGACGGAGGAGUUCUCGUCGUCACACGGCCUCAUGAGGAACUUCAGGACGUUCAGCACGGGGCAGUUGGAGCUGGGCCGCCUCAAACUGUGCAGGAAGCAGCAGAAGGAGCUGAAGGCCAAGGCCGCCAGCCCGGUCACAGAGACUCAGGAGAACAUGUUGGCACAGAGUCCAGGAGACCCUCAGAGGGGGGGCGGGGGGCAGGAAACAGAGGAUUCUCUCAGACUUAGUGAGGAUGUGAACGGUGGAGCUGCUGUGCAGAACGGCAGCGUGGAGAAGAAGAAGAGACUGCUGAAGGCUAAGAGCAUGGAGGAGAGGGGCUGUGACCCCCCUCUGAACGGAGACACUACCAUGUCUCACUCCAAAAGUAACGGGAAAGAGACCCCCCCUAUGAAGCGCCCCCCUGGUCUGCUGCGCCGCAGCUUCAGCUUCAGACACUGGAGCGGUGGUGAGUUGCUGCGUCUGCGAGCGCUGUCUAAAGACAAACACCACAGCAGCUCCGGCUGCAUCGGACACGAUGACGGGGAGGCUCCUGCUGCCAUCCCACCCCCCCGCCUCGCUGACCCCACCCGGGUGAAGAGCAGGACUCUGGAGAUGGGUGCCAUCCUCAAUAAGACUGACUCCAUGUCUGAUCUGAGUCGUGCAGAGAGAGCGCGAGGCAACAAGAACCGGACCCUGGACAACAGCGACCUGCUGCGGCUGGCAGCCGAGAAGGACGGAGCGGGCGGGGGCUUCCUGCUGAGGGGAGGGGGCGGGCGCUCCAGUGAGAGGCGUCUGGUUCGAUUCUUCAGCGGGAUCUUCUCCAGGAGGGAGGGGGGGUCCACCUCCAGUCCGGUGGGGAGUCCCAGUACAGAGCGGUCCUUCAGACGCAGCAGGAGGACGGUUCUGUCCCAGUCCAGCACAGAGAGCAUGAACGGAGGGAGCAGUGAAGAUGCCUUCGUGAACAGUCAGGAGUGGACGCUGAGUCGAACCGUACCAGAACUCAAAGUGGGCAUUGUGGGUAAUCUGGCCAGUGGUAAGUCGGCGCUGGUGCACAGAUACCUGACGGGAACGUACGUCCAGGAGGAGUCACCUGAAGCUGACGUGGAUGCAGGAGGUCGCUUUAAGAAGGAGAUCGUGGUGGACGGUCAGAGUCACCUGCUGCUCAUCAGAGAUGAAGGAGGCCCCCCGGAGGCUCAGUUUGCUCUGUGGGUGGACGCCGUGAUCUUCGUCUUCAGUCUGGAGGAUGAGAUCAGUUUUCAGACCGUCUAUCACUAUUUCAGCCGCCUCGCCAACUUCAGGAACGCCACCGACCUGCCGCUGGUGCUGGUCGGCACGCAAGACGCCAUCAGCUCCGCUAACCCUCGAGUGAUCGACGACAGCCGGGCCAGAAAACUCUCCAACGACCUCAAACGCUGCACCUACUACGAGACCUGCGCCACCUACGGCCUCAACGUGGAGCGAGUCUUCCAGGACG